UCACAGUUCUCAAAAUGAACGAGUCCGGGCAGGUGUGGGCGAACCGCUCGCUGGACCGCGAGGAGCGGGACUUCUACAACCUGACCCUGGAGGCGUCUGACGGCGCCGUCGUCAACCCCAGAACCGCCACGGCCGCGCUGGACAUCUGGAUCGACGACGUGAACGACAACCCGCCCAGGUUCGUCCGAGACAACUUCACGGCGGAGGAAAUCAUACUUUCACAGAACACCUCCGUGGGAACCUACGUGACCCAGGUGACCUCUACAGACGAGGAUGUCGGAACAAACGCCAUUCCCCUGUACCGGAUAGACUCAGUGCUGGACAUGCACUUAUCCAGUCCCACUCAUCUCUUCACGAUCGACAGGUACACCGGGGACGUCAACACUUCGUCUACGUUUCCCAACCUCACAGAGGACUACUACGUCAAUGUCACCGUGAGUGUGGAAGACGCCAUGAACCCUGACCUCAGGCUGGACUUCCUGACCCUUCGCAUCGUUGUUCCCUUCAUCAGUACCAACAGGCACUCUCCUCGGUUCCCUCAAGGUACGGUCUUAGACUCGUCAGUACCAACAGGCACUCGCCGUGGUUCCCUCAAGGUACGGUCUUAGACUCGUCAGUAC